AUGUGCGGUGAAAGAGUGAUUAGGUUUUCGUUAAAAGUUCUACAGUUUUUAAUUUCCGGAUUUGUUGUCUAUUGUCUGUUUCGAACUGGACCACAUUGGAUGUUGACACUGGCUUGUUUAAUUGUGCCACCUUUUGGGAUUUAUUUGAUGCUGAAAUCACCUGAUCAAACCAAACAUAAGUUACCACAUCGCAUNGCACUCAUUUUAUUUUAUGCGUUCUUUAAGUUAUUACCUCAGAAUGUGUAUCUUCUAUUUGCUGGAAUUGCAUCGCUCGUGAUCACUUGCUUAUAUUUGAUCAAUGCUUUCGUAUCGGUCAGUCAGUUGAGGAGUGGUACUGUCGACUUUUCGACUUCCAUACUGAAAUCUCGAGUGGGGCUACCAAAAGUUGAGAAUUUCUUCUCGAAAGGUUCAUCAGUGACACCAACGUCAACUGAGCCAACGACGAAAACCACUCCAGAUGAACUAAUUAUUCAAGUGGAUCAAUCCAAUAUGGUCAACACAAAUCGACCAAUGGAUAAUCCCACAUCACUUAACUAUCAGUCAAGCAAUUUUUCAUUCAGCACCUUCGAAAGUCCCUCAAACAAGCCACAACAGACAAGUACAUUUACCAAACCAAAGGUUUCCAUAUUAUUUGCAUUAAAUUUUGUUCUGACUGUAAGCAUAAUUGAAGCCAUCGAUAAGUGA